AUGGAAGGCAUCAAGCAGUAUUUCAAGCUCUUCGGCUCAAGCGAAAUCUCAAAGGAUCAUCCCUCUUCGGCUGCUGCUCCCAAACCUCCUAUCUUCAAAAGAGCUACCACUUUGGACACUUUACUGAAACAUCCAGCCAAAAAAUUAACCAGAGCCUUCCCUCCUCCUGAAAAUAUCACCCUAGUUGCUAAUGAGACCACUCAAUGGCAAUCCACCAUCGAGAGAAUUGUCAAGUCGGUUGUCUCCAUUAAGUUCCUUCAAGUUGAGGCCUUUGAUACAGAAUCUCGAAGUUGUUCAGAAGCUACUGGUUUUAUUGUUGAUGCAGAACUAGGUAUAAUUCUAACCAACAGACACGUUGUUGGUCCUGGUCCCUUUGUUGGUUAUGCUAUCUUCUAUAACAAUGAGGAGAUUCCCUUAAUUCCUAUUUAUAGAGAUCCGAUCCACGAUUUUGGCUUUUUGAAGUUUAAUCCAAAAGAGAUAAAGUACAUUUCUCCUUUGGUUUCUUUGAUAUUAAGACCUGACUUGGCCAAAGUUGGGUUGGAAAUUAGAGUUGUUGGUAAUGAUAAUGGCGAACAACUAAGUAUUUUAAGUGGUUUUAUUUCCAAGCUCGACAGAAAUACCCCGGAAUACGCCUUUGGUUAUAAUGACUUCAACACAAAUUAUAUCCAAGCUGCUACUAGCAGUUCCAGUGGUUCGAGUGGUUCUCCUGUUAUUGAUAUAACAGGAAAUGUCGUAGCCCUACAAGCUGGUGGCUCAACUUCUGCUGCAACCAAUUUUUUUUUACCUUUGAACAGAAUCUUAAGAGCUCUUAAAUGUAUUAAAAAAAACGAGCCAAUUACUCGAGGCACAAUCCAAACCACUUGGUUGCUAAAACCCUUCGACGAAUGUUCAAGGCUAGGUUUGUCUUCGGAUGCUGAAUCAAAGAUGAGAGCUGUUUUCCCAGAUAUCACAAGUUUGUUAGUUGCUUCCACUGUCUUACCAAAUGGCCCUGCUUUCAACAAGAUUAAAGAAGGCGAUACUCUAAUCUCUAUUAAUGAUUCUCCGAUUUCAACUUUCAUUCCAAUCGAUCAAAUCCUUGAUGACAAUAUUAAUAAAAAAAUCAAAAUUGUUGUUCAAAGAGGCAACAAAAAUGUUAAAAUUACUUGCAAAGUCCAAGAUUUACACUCAAUUACUCCAAGCAAAUACAUAUCUGCUUUUGGUUCCGUUUUUAAUAACUUAUCCUACCAAAUUGCAAGAUUAAAAGGCAUUCCUGUCAGAGGAGUCUAUGCUGCUGAAAUUGGUGGAUGUUUCGAUCCCGAACCAAACACUGGCUGGAUAAUUGAUUCUUUUAAUAACGUUCCAUUAAAUAAUGUUGAUGAUUUUCUCAAUGUCUUGAAAGAUAUUCCUCACAAUUCGGUCAUUCCCUUCUCCAUCAGACAUGUCAGUAAUUUAAACAACCCCUGCAUUGAUACCGUCUCAAUCGAUAGAAAAUGGUAUAAAGAUAUCAAAUUGGCUGUCAGAAAUGAUUCAACUGGUUUAUGGGAUUUCACUAGUUUUCCUGCACCAGAACUGGAAUCUGAAAAUCAAAAAGAACCAUUAGAUGCUAAAUUUAUCGAUUUUCCAUUUAGCGAUCCAAAUUUAAGUACCCUAUCCAGAUCUUUUGUCAAAUUAUAUACCAAUUUCCCUGCUGUUAUUGACGGGUAUGCUUUUAAUCCAAAAUAUGGUAUGGGACUUAUAAUUGAUGCUCAAAAGGGUUAUGUCUUAGCUUCAAGGUAUUAUGUUCCCCAUGAUAUGCUAAGGGUUUUUGUUAUAAUUGCAAAUUCUAUUGUUCUUGAAGCACAAGUUGUCUUUUUACAUCCAACAUAUAAUUACUCUAUUUUAAAAUUUGAUCCUUCCCUAGUUUUAGCCCCAAUUAAAACUCCAAAAUUUAGUGAAAAACCAUUAAAGAAAGGAGAUAACCUAUUUUUAAUUGGUUAUGAUUAUAACGACCUUCGUGCAGUUCCAACUAAAGUCACUGACAUUCUUCAAACUAAAAUGCCAAUGGAUUUUGAAAUGCCACGUUAUAAAGCAACAAACUUUGAGUCAAUAAAAAUUGACACUGCACUAGGUGACAAUGUAGAUUUUGGUAUUUUAACAGAUUCAGAUGGUACAAUUAGAUGCAUUUGGUUGAAUUUCUUAGGAGUUGAUACAGAUCUACUCCAAAACGGUAUUGACAUUACAAAUUUUUCAAGAAUUAUUAAUUUUUUUCAAAAUGAAGAAAUUGGAAAGGUUCCCAAAGUUCGAAUCAUUGAUGCCGUAUUUGGACAAUUAUUAAUUGCCGACGCCAGAUAUCAAGGGGUUUCAAAAAAAUGGAUCAAAAAAUUGGAAGAUUCUCAUAGUGAAAACUUUCAGUUUUUGCAAGUCUCAUCAGUUUCAUGUCAACAAUUCAGAAAGAAUGACUCAAGUCCCAAGUUACAAGUAGGGGAUAUUUUACUUGAAAUUAAUAAGAAGCUCAUCACUAAAUUAUCAGAUUUAGAUGUGUUUGAGAAUGAUGAUGUUGAAUUUACCAUUGUUCGUAAUGGGACUGAAAAAACAUUGAAAUUGAAAACAACAGAAGUUCAAGAGACAAAAGAAGUCAUUUCAUGGUGUGGAGCUUCCAUUCAAAAACCAUUCCAUUCAGUUAGACAAAUCUCCUUAAAUCUACCUAGUGAGGUGUUUGUCUCAUCAAAUUCAUACUGGUCGCCAGCCAUUCAAGGUGGAUUGUAUUUAAAUGUAUUUAUCAUUGAGGUCAAUGAGAUUGAAACAUUAACAUUUCAAAAGUUUUUGGAAGUUAUCAAGACGAUUCCCGAUAACACAUAUACUAAACUUACGAUUGUUUCUCUACAAGGCAGAGUUGAAGCAAUAUCAAUUAAAACUAAUUAUCAUUAUUUUGAAACUAAAUUUUAUAAAAAAGUUUCUGAUAAAUGGGAAAACUUGACAAUUACUGAGUGA